AUGGAGGCCCUGCAUAAGGCUGUGCUGACCUUCGACAAGGAAGAGACAGUGGCCRCAGGGGAUGCCAAAUGGGAAGAAAACACCUUGUUUAAGGCCCCCACUGUCCAGUUCAACAGGCCCUUCUUGCUCAUCAUUAGGGAUGAGUACACCAACUUUCCCCUCUUUGGUGGCAAAAUAAACAGGGAGAGCAGGAGAGUCGAUUUGUACUUCCCCAAAGUGAACAUCUCUGAAACCAUCCAUCUGAAGCCCGUCCUGACAAGUCUGGGCAUCACCAAGCUCUUCAGCAACGCGGCUGACCUGUCUGGGAUCACAGAGGACGCUCCCCUGAGGGUCUCCAAGGCCCUGCAUAAGGCUGUGCUGACCAUCGAUGAGAGAGGCACAGAGGCUGCGGGGACCACGGUUAUGGGAAUCAUGCCCGUGUCACUUCCCCCUGAGGUGAAAUUCAACAGGCCCUUCCUCGUGGUCAUCUAUGAGCACUCCACCAAGAGCCCCCUCUUUGUGGGGAAGGUGGUGAACCCCACACAACAGUAGCCACCUCGGGUGCCAGACCCUGGUCCCUGCCCUGCUGGGCCCCUCCCAGAUGACAUUAAACAAUGGGUGGCCUGGCCAACCCUGA